AUGACGACACAAGACCGUUCACUGUUGGUCAAAUUUACUGAGAUCCAAAGCAUCAACACCUCUGGCUAUGAAGAACAAGAACACCCCUCCCCCCCUCUCUCUCUCCCUCUCUCUCAAUCACUCUUGCGUCCACGGGAGAGACCAGAGUAUCAUAAACCCACCAUGAUCACCGUCACCUCCACAAUUCCAAAUCACAAACCCACCUCCAAACUCACCUACCCUAUUCCCCUCCACACCUCCUUCCUCCUCCUCCUCCUCCUCUUCUCUCUCCCACCUUCUCUCUCCAAAACCCCACCCCCACUCCCACUCCUCCCCAUCCCCAGCUCCCACCAACUCCAAUGGCAACUCUCCGACACCGCCCUCUUCCUCCACUUCGGCCCCAACACCUUCACCGACUCCGAGUGGGGCUCCGGCCGCGCCCCGCCGUCCGUCUUCAACCCCUCCGCCCUAAACGCCGCCCAAUGGGUCAAAAUCGCCAAAGACAACGGCUUUUCCCGCGUGAUUCUAACCGCGAAACACCACGACGGGUUCUGCCUGUGGCCCUCGGAUUACACGAACUACUCUGUCAAGUCUAGCCCUUGGAGAAACGGGGGCGGGGACGUUGUGGGGGAAUUGGCUGCGGCUGCUGAAAGGGAAGGGGUUCAGUUGGGGAUUUAUCUGUCGCCGUGGGAUCGGCACGAGUCGACGUAUGGGAAGACGCUUGAGUACAAUGAGUAUUAUUUGGGGCAGAUGAGCGAGUUGCUCACGAGAUAUGGCGUGAUAAGAGAGGUAUGGUUGGAUGGUGCGAAAGGGGAGGGAGAGAAGGACAUGGAAUAUUUCUUUGAUGAUUGGUUUAGUUUCAUUCAUCAACUCCAGCCACAGGCUGUCAUUUUCUCUGAUGCUGGUCCAGAUGUCAGGUGGGUUGGAGAUGAGUCCGGUACAGCCGCAACCACUUGCUGGUCCGUUUUCAACACGAGUGCUGCUAAAAUUGGCGACACCGAUACCAAGUACUCACAAGGAGGAGAUCCAUUUGGCCACGACUGGGUCCCUGCUGAGUGUGAUGUCUCCAUCAGACCCGGUUGGUUUUGGCACGCAUCAGAAGUUCCGAAAUCAGCGGUAACUCUCCUUGACAUGUACUACAAAUCAGUUGGCAGAAACUGCCUCUUCUUACUAAACGUACCACCUAAUUCUUCUGGUCUCAUAUCCGAUGAAGAUGUAAAAGUACUUCAAGAAUUCAACAAACUUCGGACAUCCAUCUUUUCCAAUAACUUAGCCAAGAAUUCCUCCAUUUCAGCAAGCAGUACAAGGCAAGGGAUAAUUGAUUCUUGGUUCGACUCCAUGAAUGUUCUUGAAGAAGGAAUCUACUCUUACUGGGCUCCAGAGGAAAAUCGAACAGGUUGGAUUUUGUAUUUGGAUUUUCAGGAGUCAGUCACUUUCAAUGUUUUGCAAGUUCAAGAGCCCAUUCAAAUGGGACAAAGGGUUUUCUGGUUUCACCUUGAUGCUUUGAAUGAGAGAGGAAUAUGGAAGAAAGUGAUUAACGGCACAACGGUGGGGUACAGGAGACUGUUGCGAUUUCCGACAGUGGUUUCUGACCGAUUGAGGUUUGUUAUUGAUGGGUCUCGAGCGGACCCACUUAUUUCUUAUUUGGGAAUUCAUUUGGAUUCAGUCUCCGGUUUGAAUUUAUCUGGGAAUAGCACUGCGUCAUACUUCAAUGGAAGUCAAGUUCUACGGCAAAUUACGACCAACCAUUCUCGAAUUGGUUCAAUGUAGUUAGUUCUUCAAAAUAAACCUACAUUUUUUUGUUUUUAUAAAAAAUUUAAUCAACCUACGUUUAAAAGCAUGGUCUUUGGACUAGCUUCCUCCCCAUUUUUUGGGAGCAUGUUGUAUGUAAUCGUUAAUUCUCUUAUUUUCAUGACUUAAACACCUUUCCGGUCCUCCGGAUUCAUUAUUCAUGAACUCCUUUUCAAGGAACAGUAGGUUUUCUGUAA